CAGGUGUUCCAAUCCCCUCCCAAUCAUGUGAUUCAGGUGUUCCAAUCCCCUCCCAAUCAUGUGAUUCAGGUGUUCCAAUCCCCUCCAAAUCAUGUGAUUCAGGUGUUCCAAUCCCCUCCCAAUCAUGUGAUUCAGGUGUUCCAAUCCCCUCCCAAUCAUGUGAUUCAGGUGUUCCAAUCCCCUCCCAAUCAUGUGAUUCAGGUGUUCCAAUCCCCUCCAAAUCAUGUGAUUCAGGUGUUCCAAUCCCCUCCCAAUCAUAGUCAAUAGCUAAAGACCUCCAAACUUGGUGUGGCCUUCAGAUGAGCCCAACAACAGUGCGUAGAGAGCUUCAUGGAAUGGGUUUCCAUGGC